UAGAGCGUGAGGUGUGGUGCGUGGCUAGGAUCGUUGUAGUGCUUUCGAUUUAUAUAGGGCAGUGUAGUGACCAGUGGAGUGAGUUGUAGAAGUAAAGUGUGGAGUGCCAGCAUCAAGCUAGUGUAUUCAAUAGGAGGUGGUGUAGGAGGAGGAGGAGGUGGCCCCCAAGAUGGACGGGUGGCCGAGAGUUCCCCCAGUGCUGGACGGCAGCGGUGGCACCCAUCAAGAUAACCACCCUAAGAGCCCGUGGGCAGCCCCUGCUCCACACACGACGACCACCACGCGGCACAAGUGCCGCCUCUAUACAGGGUCUCAAAUUAUGGCCUCGGCCUUUGUCAUCUUAAUGUUGUGUCCCAAUUAUAUUAGCAGUGUCAGUGCUGAAGUUUUACAGUCUCAAAAAACUGAGGAUUUAGGUCCACAAGUCUUACCUGAAAUAGUGUACAAUGUAUCCAUACCGAGAGAGGUGUCGUCGGCUUAUAUUGUUCAGAAGAUCCCUCUCCAUCAAGGCCAAAGAAUAGUAGAGCUUCUUCCAUCCUAUCAUUCGGACUACUUUGCUGUGUUGGACGAUGGUGUCGUGAUGACGGUUGCUCGGGUGUCCACACUUAUCGGGUCCACCGUACAGCUCAAGAUACUCACCGAGUACACCGAUGGUCCGUCACGUAUCUUCGUCAUCAACGUCGCCGUCAAAGAGCGGUCGGCUCUCUUGCGGUUCCUGCAGCCUUCAUAUGAGGCUCACGUUGAGGAGAACAUGCCUGCGGGCACGGAGCUGCAGGGACUGGAGGAGCUCGAGGCGGUGGGCGGAGAAGGAGAGAUCAGGUAUGAGUUGCAGGGCAAGGAUUCCAAGCACUUCACUGUUCACCGCUCCAUGAGCGGACUCCCUAAGAUCAUCACUAAGGAGCCUCUGGACAGCGAGGCCAGCAAGCAGCUGAGUUUCGUCCUGCGUGCCACUGACUUGGCCAACAAUGACGUGUCCAGUGCUGAUAUCAUCGUCAGUGUUGUGGAUGUUAACGAUCACGCUCCCGUGUUCACGCAGAAUAUCUUCUACUUCUUCGUGCCCUCGAACCUCAGCCGCUUUGACAAGAUCGGCAAGGUCGUUGCUCAUGACGGCGACAACGACAAAGUCCUUUACCGACUAGUGUAUCCGUCCAACACCUUCACUGUGGUGCCCCAAACUGGAGAAAUUAUGCUCAUUGGCCCUCCUGAAGCCAACGUUUAUGAAUUAGAACUGGAAGCGUUUGACAAACGCAAGCCCACUCAGUACUCCGAGGUGCUUGCCAAGGCCCAUAUCGAGUUUAGGUAUCCCGACGACCAGCUCCUGAACUUGGACCGCCUCGAGGUCGAGUCUCACAACAAUUGGUUGCUCGAGGAAGAGUAUCCUGAGCGGGACGUAGCGCUUACCUCCGUCGCGGACCCGAUGGUUUUGUCCCGUAAGAAGAGAAGCCAAGUGCGACACACCAAGGAGAUGACGUUCUCGGAGGGCGACGGUGCCAUCGAAGGCAAAGUUGUGUUUCAACUCGAGAAAGAAAUUCAAUGGGAAACUUUCAAGAUUCGCGAUGAUAAUCCGUGGGUGGAGGUCGACGCUAACGGCGCUGUGCGCGUCAAGCAGAAGUGGGACUAUGAAGAACUGGGACCUGAGAAAACCAUCGACUUCUGGGUCAAGAUCACCAACAACGACAGAAACGGCAUCAAGUACACGGACAACCAGCGCGUGAUUCUGCUGAUCACGGACGUGAACGAUGAGCCUCCGUACUUCAUCAACCGACCGCUGCCCAUGCAGGCUGUGGUCAAGCUCAACGCUCCCCCCAACACGGCCGUGUUCACCCUGCAGGCCAGGGACCCCGACAAGGAUCAUGACAUCCACUACUUCCUCGUCAGGGACAGGACGGGCGGACGCUUCGAGGUGGACGAGAAGUCGGGCGUCGUCCGGACGCGGGGAUCGGAGAUGUUCCAGCUGGACAUGGAAUAUGUGCUCUACGUCAAAGCCGAGGACCAGAACGGCCGCAUUGACGACAAACACUUCCAGUCGACCAGCGAAGAGCGCCUCUCGAUCGUCGGCGGCAAGAGGCCUCCACAGUUUUAUCUGCCCAAAUACGAGAAGACCAUCCUCGAAAACUCCGCCAAGGACUCAGACAUCAUCUCGGUGAAGGCGAAGUCGUUCGCUGACCGCGAGAUCCGGUACACGCUGAAGGCCAAGGGCCAGGGCGCUGGCACCUUCAACAUCGGGCCCACCUCCGGCAUCGUGAAGUUAGCCAAAGAGUUGGACUUCGAGGACGUCCGACAGCCGCACAUCUACCAGCUCGUCGUCACCGCCACUGAGGACUCGGGAGGCUUCUCCACCUCGGUCGAUCUGACGAUCAAAGUGAAGGAUGUGAACGACAACCCCCCGAAAUUCGACCUGCCCGACUACCAAGCCCACAACAUAGACGAAGACAUCGCCAUCGGCAACACGGUGCUCAAGGUCAAGGCUCGCGACGACGACGUGGGCACCAACGCCGAGAUCGUCUACUCCGUCAACGACGACCACUUCCGUGUGGACAACAAGGGUGUCAUCAAAGUCAAGAAGACACUCGACGCGGACGACAACAACGCGUACUACAUGUUCGACGUCGUAGCCAAGGACCGAGGCGACCCUCCCAAAGAAGGCUCCGCUACCGUGCGAAUCUACACCAAGAACAAGAACGACGAAGAGCCAAAGUUCUCGCAGCAAGUGUACACGCCGAAUGUGGACGAGAACGCUGGCCCCAACACCCUCGUCACGACAGUCGUGGCGUCCGACAAAGACGGAGAUAAAGUAGAGUUUGGCUUCGUUGGAGGGGCGUCCGAGUCCGGGCAGUUUGUCAUCGAGAAGAUGACGGGUGUUAUACGCCUGCACAACGGCCCGAUAUCGCUGGACAAGGAUAAGUACGAGCUUAACGUCACGGCUGUGGACGAUGGCAGUUGUUGUCCUGGCGGCUCCAGAAAACGUCACACUUCCACCGCUGUUGUCGUUGUCUUCAUCACUGAUGUAAACGAUAACAAGCCGAUCUUCCAAGAGUGUGGGUCCUACCACGCCAAGGUGGAGGAGUCAGCACCCAAUGGCUCCCCCGUCAUCACUGUGCACGCCACAGACGACGAUAAAGGCGUUAAUGGUCAGGUGCGCUACAGCAUCGUGCAGCAGCCCAACCAGAAGGGCGCCAAGUUCUCAGUUAACCCCGAGACUGGGGAGGUCACCACCAAUAAGGUCUUUGAUCGCGAGGGGGAGGACGGCAAGUUUGUGUCUGUGACCGUCAAAGCCACGGACAACGGAGACCCGAGCUUGGAGGGCGUGUGUUCCUUCACAGUCGAGAUCACCGACAUCAACGACAACCCACCGCUCUUCGAUCGGCAGAAAUACGUGGAGAACGUGAAGCAGGACACGAAUGCAGGCACGAACAUCCUGCGGGUGUCAGCCUCCGACGAGGACGCCGACAACAACGGCGCCAUCGUCUACAACCUGACCGCCUCCACCAGCCCCGCCGACCUCCAGUACUUCGAGAUCCAGCCUGAGAGCGGCUGGAUCAUACUUAAGAAACCUCUGGACAAAGAGUCGUACCGUCUGACGGCUGUGGCGCAAGAUCGUGGCUUUCCUCCUUUGUCGCGCAAUGUUGAGGUGCAGAUUGAGGUGGUGGAUCGAGCCAACAACCCGCCCGUGUGGACACAAUCUAUAUACGGCCCUAUAUACAUCAAGGAAAACCUACCCGUUGGAGCGGGAGUUAUCUCUGUCAAGGCCAGCUCUGGCAUAGAAGAGAACCCUGUGGUGUUCUACCGCAUCAUACGAGGCUCCACGGCGCAGACCAACAAGCACGACACCUUCUACCUGCAGCAGCGACCUGACAACGGCGAAACAUGGGCCGAUAUCAAAGUUAAUCAUCCGCUUGAUUAUGAGAGCAUCAAGGAGUACAACCUCACCGUCCGUGUCGAGAACAACGGGCCGCAACAACUGGCAUCAGAAGCGACAAUAUACGUGGUGCUCGAGGACGUCAACGACGAGAUCCCGCUGUUCACGGAGCGCGAGCAGGAGACGGUGCUUGAGGGCGAGCCUAUAGGCACUAAAGUGACGCAGGUCAACGCCAUCGAUAAGGACGGCACUUACCCCAAUAAUGAGGUGCUCUACCGCAUCGUCGACAACCCCCGCAACGAAGGCAAGGACUACUUCGAGAUCAGGGAACGCACAGGAGAGAUCUACACGCGCAUGGAGUUUGACAGAGAAGAGAAGCAGGCGUACGCGCUGGAGGUGGAGGCUAGGGAUGGCGCGGCUUCUGCCAGACCUAACGCUAACGGCCGCCCCAACACCGUGACGAAGUUCAUCCGUAUCGGGAUCGCGGACAAGAACGACAACCCUCCCUACUUCGACAAGACGUUGUACGAGGCCGAGGUCGAUGAGAACGAGGACAUCCAGCACACAGUCCUCACCGUCACUGCCAAGGACCAAGACGAGUCUUCCCGCAUCCGCUACGAGAUUACGAACGGCAACAUCGGAGGAGCGUUCGCCGUGAAGAACAUGACGGGCGCCAUCUACGUGGCGGGCCCCCUCGACUACGAGACGCGCAAGCGGUACGAGCUGCGGCUGGUGGCGUCAGAUAACCGCAAUGAGAACCACACGACGGUUGUGAUACACGUCAAGGACGUGAACGAUAACCCGCCCAUGUUCGACCGCCCUCUCUACGAGACGCAGAUCACCGAGGAGGACGACAGGGGACUUCCUAAGAAUAUCCUCACGGUGACGGCAGCGGACGGCGACAGAGAUCGUCACCAGGAUAUUGUAUAUUUCCUCACCGGCCAGGGCAUCGACAACGACAACCCAGACAACUCCAAGUUUGAGGUCAACCGCACCUCAGGUGCCAUCUACGUGCGCAAGCCGCUGGACCGGGACCACCCCAAGGGCCGCCCUACGUGGCGGUUCACCGUCUUCGCCCAGGACGAGGGCGGCACGGGGCUCGUGGGCUACGCGGACGUGCAAGUCAACCUCAAAGACAUCAACGACAACGCGCCCGUCUUCCCUCAGAUGAUUUACUACGGGAACGUAACCGAAAACGGCACCCGCAGCAUGGUCGUGAUGACCAUGACUGCUGAGGACUACGACGACCCCAAGGAAGGCACCAACGCUAAGCUCACCUACAGCAUCGAGAAAAACGUCAUCGACGAGAAAACUGCCACUCCCAUCUUUGAAAUCGAGCCCGAGACCGGCGUGAUCAAGACGGCCGUGUGCUGCCUCGACAGGGAGAAGACCCCCGACUACUCCAUACAAGUGGUGGCUGUUGAUGGGGGUGGCCUUAAAGGUACUGGCACUGCAAGCAUCCGUGUGCGUGACAUAAACGACAUGCCCCCGAAGUUCACGAAAGAAGAAUGGGUGACAGAAGUGGACGAGACGGACGGGACGGUGUUGCCUGACCAAGCCAUUCUUACAGUGACCGUACAAGACGACGAUGAGACCAACAAGUUCCAUUACAAAGUGAUAGAACCUUCAGGGUUCGGCGCGGACAAGUUCACUAUGGUGCGCAACAAUGAUGGAACAGGUUCGCUCAAGAUAGUCCAGCCUUUGGACUAUGAAGACCCUAUGCAGAGGAGUGGCUUUAGGUUCAAAAUUCAAGUAAAUGACAAAGGAGAGGAUAACGAUGCUGAGAAAUAUCACGUGGCAUAUUCCUGGGUGAAAGUAGAGCUGCGGGAUAUUAAUGAUAACAAACCGCAGUUUGUUAAAGCAAACAUUGAAGUGCCGGUGUACGAGAGCGCUGAAGUUGGUAAGAGUUUGGAGACGUUCAAAGCGACCGACCCCGAUCAGGGAGGCCAGAGCAAAGUGUCCUACGCCAUCGAUCGUUCGUCGGACCGAAGACGCCAGUUUGCCAUCGACAGUACCGGCACCGUCAAAAUUCAAAGGACCCUUGACAGGGAGGAGAAUCCUCGACACUCUGUUAAAAUCUUAGCCAUAGACGACGGCACCCCUGAUAAGACUGCUACUGCGACGCUCACGGUUAUCGUGCAGGACAUUAAUGACAACGCGCCAAGGUUCCUAAAGGAUUAUCGUCCUGUGCUGCCCGAAAACCAAACGCCCAAAAAAAUUGUCGAAGUUUUAGCAACCGAUGAUGAUGAUCGAUCUAAGGGCAAUGGACCUCCGUUCCAUUUCCGGAUGGAUUCAACGGCAUCUGAUGAGAUCAGAGCCUCGUUCAAGGUGGAGCACAUUCCAAAAGGUGCUAAUGGUGAUGGCAUGGCUAUUAUAUCCUCCUUACGAACGUUUGAUCGAGAGUUGCGUAAAGAAUAUCACGUGCCAAUUGUCAUAAAGGACGCUGGCACGCCCCAAAUGACGGGCACUUCUACUCUUACCAUCAUCAUAGGCGAUGAGAAUGACAACAAAAUGCAGCCCGGGUCCAAGGACAUCUUUGUUUACAACUACAGAGGUAAGGCCAACGCAAGCUCUGAGACUCCUAUUGGAAGAGUUUACGUCUUUGACUUGGAUGACUGGGACUUGCCUGAUAAGAAGUUCACAAUUGCUGGACCUAAGAACCCUAAUUUUACUCUGAAUGAAGAUGACGGCAUGAUUAGCGUGAAGCGCGGCACUCCAGAAGGAAAAUACUUCUUAUCUUUUUACGUUUACGACCGGAAACACACGCAGACUGACAUCUUGGCUAACGUGACAGUGCGUGUCAAAGACAUCCCUGAAAUUGCCGUCAUCAAUUCUGGUUCUAUUCGGAUAGCCAACAUGACCGACGAAGACUUCAUCCGUAUCUGGGAUUACCGCAACCAGCGUAUUGUCAAGAGCAAGUAUGAAAUGUUCAGGGAGAAGAUCGCUCAGCUCGUUAACGUUCCUCUCACUAACGUCGACGUCUUCAGCGUCCAACUCUACAAAACGCGUCCGCCAGUCACUGACGUGCGUUUCUCAGCUCAUGGCUCACCAUAUUAUCAGCCUGUUAAACUGAAUGGCUUGGUGCUCCAGCACAGAGCUGAAAUAGAGUCAGAACUUGGCAUCAACAUCACCAUGGUUGGCAUUGAUGAAUGUCUCUAUGAGAACGUGGCGUGUGAAGGCUCUUGUACGAACGAACUAGUAAUUUCUUCGUACCCAUAUUUGGUGAACGCAAAUAGGACAUCUCUGGUGGGUGUGCGCACGCAAACGCUAUCCAAGUGUACUUGUGGUGCUCGUAACUUCUCAGCUGAGGAAAGCUGUCGCCCGAACCCAUGCCUUAACGGCGGCCGCUGCAUGACCAGCAAGUCUGGAGUGCGGUGUCGAUGCCGUGAAGGAUAUGAUGGACCGAGAUGCCAGAUGACCACCAGGUCGUUCAGAGGAACCGGUUAUGCUUGGUUCCCUGCUCUCGCCAUGUGUGAUAACUCGCACAUCAGUCUUGAGUUCCUGACGCGGCGACCUGACGGACUGUUACUUUACAACGGGCCCAUAACUCCUCCCGAGGCUGACGGCAUCAAAGUGUCCGAUUUCAUCGCGAUCGAGCUUGAAGGUGGACGGCCGAGGCUGCUCAUAGACUUCGGCUCAGGGACGUUGGAGCUCAAAGUCAAUACCAAGAGUAACCUUAACGAUGGAAACUGGCAUCAGAUUGACGUUUUCUGGGACACCGAGAAUGUUCGAAUUGACGUGGACCACUGCCUGGGAGCUGAAGUAACGGAGCCUGAGGAUGGCAGCGAUCCAAUCUUCGACUCUUCCGGCUGCCAGGCAACGGGCGCAGUGCCUCGCUUCAACGAGUACCUCAACGUUAACGCUCCCCUGCAGCUGGGUGGCCUGGCUCACGAACAGCCUGACUCAGCUGCUUAUGGCUGGUCCCAUGUCCCUCACGGUAGACCUUUUAUGGGGUGCAUCAGGAACCUGAUGGUCAACAGUGAGCUUUAUGACCUGACAAGACCCGGUAUGGCUAGAGGCACUCAGAUGGGCUGCCCACAGCUAGAAGAAGCGUGCCGAGACAACACCAUCAUCGCAAACUGUGGCCCUAACGGCAUCUGCGCGGGAUCCAUAAGUCACCCCGUGUGCAAAUGCAAGCCUGGCUGGACCGGACCUUCUUGUGAGGAACAAACCAACUCCUCCUACUUUGAGACUCAGUCUUACGUCAAGUAUGCUCUAUCUUUCAAACCGAACGCUUUCAGUACUGAAAUUCAGCUUAGGUUCCGCACAUGGCAAGAGUAUGGCGAGCUGUUCCGUAUCUCAGAUCAGCACAACCGCGAGUACGGCAUCCUAGAAAUAAAGGACGGUAACCUGCGGUUCCGUUACAACCUCAACAGCCUGCGCACUGAAGAACACGAUCUCUGGCUCUCUGCCGUUACGGUGAAUGAUGGCCAGUGGCACUCAGUUGUGGUCGAGCGCCAUGGCUCUACUGCCAUCCUCAUGCUGGACGGCGGGGAAGGACGGCGGUACAACGAGACGGUCGCUUUCAGCGGACACAUGCUAAUGGAUGUGGACAAGCAGGAGGGUGUUUAUGCUGGUGGAAAGGCCGAGUACACGGGCAUCAGGACCUUUGAGGUCUACAACGACUUCAAGCUCGGUUGUCUGAAUGACAUCCGGCUGGAAGGCAAGCACUUGCCGUUACCACCUGGGCUCAACGGUACUCAGUGGGGCCAGGCGACGAUGUUCCGGCACUUGAAGCGCAACUGCGAGUCUAAAGACCAGUGCAACAACGUGACUUGCCUAGCGCCCUUCACCUGCAAGGACCUCUGGAUGCGGCAUGAGUGCGGCUGUGCGGACGGUUCCGUAUUCUCUAACAACGACUGCGUCAACAUCAACGAAUGCGAGCUGUGGCAGCCGUGCCACAACGGUGGCCUCUGUAUUGACAGAGAGCCCGACGAAGGCGGCUACUUCUGCCAAUGUCCUGACAAAUACGACGGACUCGACUGCAACUUCCUCCUGCAGACAACUAAGCUCAGAACCUCCACUGAUUUUAUUGUUGCUCUCAUCAUCUGCAUCCUCGUCUUGCUCGUGUUGGUGCUGGUGUUCGUGGUGUAUAACCGCCAGAAGGAGCGCCACUUCCCCAAAGCUGACCCAUACGAUGACGUGCGGGAGAACAUCAUCAACUACGACGAUGAAGGUGGUGGCGAGGAUGACAUGACCGCCUUCGAUAUCACUCCCCUGCAAAUCCCCAUCGCUCCUGCCAUUGGCAACGGGGGUCCUUUGCUCGGCAAGAUACCAUACGGCACAGGAGCUCAGCCUGACGUGGGCGUGUUCAUCAGUGAGCACAAGGGCAAGGCAGAUAGCGACCCAAAUGCCCCGCCAUUUGACGACCUCCGCAACUAUGCUUAUGAGGGCGCUGGCAGCACCGCUGGGUCUUUGUCUUCCUUGGCCUCUGGCACUGACGACAACGAGCAGGACUUCGACUACCUGAACAACUGGGGGCCUCGGUUCAGUAAGCUUGCCGACAUGUACGGUCAUGGCGAGAGCGACGAGGACGAUGAUCAAUGAGCUCAGUUGUCGUGCUAAUACUGCAAUUCAUCUGCCGUAGCUUGCGACCGGCGUAGUUUGCUACUGUUAUUAACUAUUUUGCUCUGCAAAACUAGGCGUUGUAGUUCAUGACCGUCAGUAACUACGGCGCAGUUGCGACUGCAGCUCAACACUGUAAAGUUUGCUCUUGCCUUCCUAUUUGCCCGCUCGUUCACCGCUUCUUUGUACUUCACUCCUUUGAUUAAGUUUCCAUUUAUCAUUUUAUCAUUCUUUCAUUCUAGACUUUGUUAAACCGAAACGGGUGCGUAAAAAAGAUCGUUGACGGAAGUAAUUUUUAAUAUAUGUCCUCUUUCUAUUCACCCAAUAUGAAAGAAGUUUCAUGAAGUCGAAGUACAUAUAGAAGUAAUUGCGUUCUGUGGCAACAAAGAAGGCGAGUUCAAAUGAGCAGCUUAUGAGCCCCAAUUUAUUGGCAUUAGCGUUACUUUCUGUCGCAAUAAUGAAAGAAAUCGUCACAAUAAGGAACUCGCUAGCUUAGGAUUGUAAUUCUGCGUUAUAGGAUGCUACUUAAUAAUGUUUCUUUAGGUAAUUUGCAAGUGCCGUGAUGUUGCUGUCUUUGUUGUAAAUACCGUUUCAUGUGCGACCAGUGUUGUGAGUGCAAGAUCUGAUGAUGCUUUUGCAAACAUUCUGCCACUAUGACCUCUUUACAUUCCGAUCACUAAACUUCUCAGGAGGCCAAUUCGGUCUUGCCUGAGUGUACGCUCUUGAGUCCAAUUCUGAGCAGUUAGUUUCAAGUGGUUGCUUUUCAUUUUUAUUGGCAGCUCCAAGUUGCAGCUGGUGCUUUAGCACCGAGGUGUGUUGUGCUUCAUUGUCGUUUGACUACGAGUUACCUGUGACGUCACAGCUACAAUAGUAUUGUGUGACGUACAAAUAACUCGGUCUAGUGCAAUGCUUUCGAAGAUCUCAUUCGUGACAACCGCGACGGCGGUGCACACUCGUAUGCGUCGCGGUGGAGACUUUUGCAUCGUCUGUAUUCGGCUCUCUACCUCAUAAAUCGCGUCUUCCCUUUCACUUAUUAGCAGUUACUUUCGCCAUUGGCUCAAACUUCAAAUAGGUAUCUGCUCACACCUGAGUUACUCAUUGUACGUACUCAUAACCUUAUUCUUUGCGUGAACAGAUUGGGUGACUCGUUUUCGAGGCUAACUUCUUUCUCGCUUUCAAACUCGUAUAUGUUAAUUCAAUAUACAAUGGAUUUAUAAACAUGGUGAAAAUGUAAAUCAUUCGAAUCCGAAUCUAUUAAAAAAGGACGCGUCUGCCUGAGCUCUGAGUUAUGUUUUAUAGCUUUCCAGGCUUCAUUGCAGCAACUUGGAAUCCUCUUGAAUUUCUAACGUAUUAAUUCCUAAUUAUUGCCAACAUUUCAAUGCCUCGAGUAUGGCGAAUUUCCGCCAUCCAUAUGACAUUUGAUCAUAUGUAGUGUGACUUUUUUUAUGUUUUCAGAAGAUGGUCAAUGAGAUACUCGAAAUUUAUGUUCAAAAAGAUCCUCUCAAUUUCGUUCAAUUGUAAAACCACUAACGGGACCGGUACCUAAGAUUUUCUUCACCAACUCAAUUUAUCGUAUUAAUUUUGACUUGUAUGCAUGAUACGUCUGCGCCGAUACUUGAUUAUCAUGCACAAAUAAUGGAAAAUCUAUUAAUUACGUCAUCCAUACAUUUGUGGGGAGAGCUAUAUCGCCGGAACUUGUAAUAAAUCAGGAUAUAUUUGUGACUCGUACUUUAUCGACCAGAAUUUAUUUUGCUAGUUAAAGUUCGUUUUGAAGGCAGGCUGGCUCACUCACCUGCGUCAUGUGCAAGCAAUACGCGAAGUUCAUGGUGAGCUUCAAACCAUUGUUCCCUAACCGCCAUACUGGUCUGUUGAUUGUACUCAGAAAAGUGUUCAUUUAUUGCUGUGAAAGUUUAUGAUGACCUAAGAAUAUAUCACCCAUUGUUUGACAUGAGCAACGAAAGUCUAUUGAUGUGCGCAGGACUGUAUGAUGAUAGCACCUAGCCCAGCUCAUUGUAGUGCAAGUUUGUCUCAUGAUAGCUGAACGCUGAAGUUAAAUAUUGUGGUAACGUACGCACUACUUCCUAGGAUGAAUACUUAUCAUAAUAUUCGUUGCUUGUAAGAUGACGGUGCACUUUUGAUCCCUGCACUUGUCCCGAGUGUUGCACCUAAGAUCCUGGCUAUUUUGUACAUCUGUAGAUAACCCAAAAUCCUCGAAUGGACGUAAAUCUUAGUGAUGAUUAAACCUAAUUCUAGUGCAAAUUUUUCCUGAAGUCUUAUUCAAUGCUGACUUUGAUUAUUUUAGGUAGGGUAAUUAACGGAGGAGAACGCGACUCGUGUAGGUAGUGAGAGGCGCAAUUUCUGUACUUGCUCAUCUGGAUAAGGUUUUGUCGUCUCUGUUUUUCUAUGUGUAGAAUAGUCAAAAGUGAUGUCAGUGUCACGGGGUUUGCACAAAAAUUUAUCUGCUUAUUUAUAAAGGUAAUGUUCAUUUCUCGAGUGCAAUCCUAAACUUGCUACGUCACAGCUCAUUCCUCUCGUGAGCGCCUUAAGAAACCAUUUUUUGCUGUGCAACUAAAUUUAAUAUUUAUAUUUUGGAAAGCAAAAUUUAGGCGCUGAUGAUUCGUUGGAAAAUAAGUAAUGCCUGUACCUUAUUAUAAAAUAUUUUUCAUCACUCCGGCGUGUCAAAGGAAAAAAAAAAAGAGAGUAGUUGUUGUGUCGCUUGCAUGUUAUGCUGCGACUCUAACUCGCUCGACAAUCAAUUGAAUUUUUUCAAAUAACUGGAUGAAUUUCAACAAAAUCUGAAUAGAUUCUAUGACCAUAAUUUCAUGAAACCGGCCGUUCAUUGCCUUGGAAAUUGUUUGUGAGUAAUUUUGUUCCAAUGUGCAUAACCUUGCAGUACUUCGAAUGCAUUUUUGUUUACGAGAAUGAGCUGCUCAUUUGACCACAGCAAAUCUGAUUAUUCUUGUAGGAUAUCAAUUUUUUUACACUUGUAUAGUUUGAUACUCGAUUAUUAUGUGUAUAUAUAUGUUGGAGUUAUUUUCUAGCAAAAGACAUCUUUGAAGCAACAGCUUGUCACUCACUUACCUCUAAGUUACUGUUUUUUUACUUUACAUUUCACUGUAGAUCUCCUAAAGGACGAAAAUAACUUUCUGAGCACAAGUUGUUGUGGUAGGCCGGUAGCUGGUGUCUUGAUGCAGUGUUUUUGAGGUGUUUUUUCUGCUCCUAGUUUCUCUUCUGCUGAGUUAUUUACGUUCUUCUCAGUGGAUGUUGCCCAUUCCAACUGUCGAAGUGGUGUAAGUGCAGUAUGCUUCCCGCGUCUUAUUGAUACGUUGUUCUAAUUUCUGGUCAAUUUACUUGAGUUGGGUAAUAUUUUACCGACAUGUAUCUUUACUUAUUUUAACCAGUAAAUAUUUUUCAAUGUGACUAAAAUGACUUGCAUUUCAGCUGAUGGUGAAAAAUUGCUUUAGUUUUAGUCCGAUACUAUAAACUGCCAUUCCUUAUUUGCUUUAAAUAAUUCUGAGUUGAAAUGACUGCGUGACGCCGCUGAGUAGAUGAAAGUGUAAUGCGAGUGAGUGUAGUCGUGUCUUUAGAUUUCUUCUCUCAGUAGACCAGAAUGAGUCUGUACAUAGGCGGUGUGCGAGUGCGCCCGAGUUAAGGAUAAUAAGUUCAGGUUGAUAUUUUGUAUUUACCUAUUUAAUCGGUAUGCUGACUUCGAUGAUAAAGCAAUUUGUACAUUAAAUGAUGUGUUGCUAGCUUCCAUUUGCUCCCGCAUACUCGUUAUUCUGACCAAGAGUGAGCAGUAAAAUAUGUCUUAGUUGCUGAUUGGUGGGGUGUCGGCGAGUUGCUUCAUUUGUUGAUGCUUUCAACAGGCCUCUGCUUUCGCCUUUCGUUCUACUUGCUUACAAAUGUUCGAUUAAGAUUUACUCGUCUUCCUCAUACGUUCCCACAAUUUUUCAAAAUAACCUUUUCUUCCUUGUAAAUUCCACAACUUGAAUUUAUUCAAGCUUGAAUCUUUUUUCACAGGUGCAUCCGUAUUUUAUUUUAAGUAUUUUAGUUGUAUUUAUUUUUUUUAUGAUGCUGUGAUCAUCGCGUGUCCGCCUCGUCAUUGGAUUUAGAAUAAACCUUUGUGUACAAUA